GACCUGCCCACCCAGUCGACAAUCGUGUCCGUCCGCCUCGCAGCCUCCCUCGAUCCCAGUCCAGUCCCAACACCCGACCACUGGAGACACCUCACCAAGUCUCUCUCACUGUCUCUUGUGCCCACUGCCUCAAGAAGCCACUCACUCCAGCCACUCAGAGACAAAUACAGCCCUGACCAUUAAAAUGGAAGCUUCAUCAGUGCUCCGGCUGGUGGUGGUGGUGAUGGCAGCCCUUGCAGCAGGGGCCUCUGGUAGGAUGGCAGGCCGCUUACCGGGAGGAUUCGGUAUACUAUCGUCCCCUUUUGACUGCAACGACCGAGCCUUUGGUUACUACGCUGACAUGGAUAACGGGUGCCGCGCCUUCCACGUGUGUCUCCCGGUGUACAGCGAGGAGGGCCAGCUGGAGGAGGUGGCGCACUUCACUUUCAUGUGCGGCCAGAACGCCGUGUUCAGCCAGGACUCUCUUACCUGUGCCCACCCAAGCGAAAGUCUGCCGUGCUCUGAAGCGGCCGCCCACUAUGAAGUGUCCAACGCAAACUUCGGCAUCAUACCAGAGGAAAACCAAGAGUUCAGCGAACAGCCUGUAAGCUUACAGUAGUGGAUUGCUACUCGGGGGGUUCCGUCCUUCUGACAUCUUCACAUAAGCAGAAAGGUGACGUCAUGGUAAAGGGAUUCAAUUUCAUAUCUGUAGUGUGUGCGGUCUUACCUAUAAGUUCAGCAAACUGAAAAGGUUCGUGCACAAGUGAAAACUAAGAUAAAAUAAAAUUGACACAACAAUAAAAAAAAAAUAUAUAUAUAUAUUACAUAGAGUACGUAUUGCC